AUGACCGUGAACAACGAGACGGGCGCCAUCCAGCCGAUCAAGGAGAUUGGCGCGCUCGUUCAUCGGCAUCGCGGCGUGCACUUCCACACGGAUGCCGCGUCGGCGGCGGGCAAGAUUUCAAACGACGUGAACGAGAUGAACGUCGACCUCAUGAGUCUCUCGGGGCACAAGCUGUACGGUCCCAAGGGCGUCGGCGCGUGCUAUGUCCGCAGGCGGCCUCGUGUACGCUUGGAGCCAAUUAUCAACGGCGGUGGACAGGAACGAGGCUUGAGGAGUGGGACGCUAGCGACGCCAUUGGUUGCGGGUAUGGGUGAGGCUGCAAGGACUGCGAAGCAGGAGAUGGCGCGAGACCACGCGCACGUGAAGGAACUAUCUGAGCGUCUCAUCAAGGGGAUCAACGCGAAGGUCGAGCACGUCGUGCGAAACGGUGACACCAACGGCUAUCCCGGCUGUGUCAAUCUUAGCUUCGCGUAUGUUGAGGGCGAGAGUCUGCUCAUGGCACUCAAGGAUAUCGCAUUGUCGUCAGGAAGUGCGUGCACGUCGGCCUCGCUCGAGCCAUCGUACGUGCUUCGCGCACUCGGAGCUGCAGAAGACAUGGCGCAUUCGUCGCUGCGCUUCGGCAUGGGCCGGUUCACGACCGAGGCGGAGGUCGACUACGUGAUUGAGAAGAUCGUUGCGGUUGUGCAAUGGUUGCGGGACAUGAGCCCGCUGUGGGAGAUGGUUCAAGACGGCAUCGACAUCAGCAGCAUCGAUUGGGCGCAGCAUUGA